UUGAUCAAAUUUCUCUGAACCCACAAUCCUUUCACCUUCUGCUUCUCCAAUGGCUGGCGGCUCCUCUUCUCGCGUGAAAAAGGAGACAGUCGGCACCAAUGUCGUUCCCAAAUCCAAGAAAUCGAAGCCAAAUCCUGGUGCGGCUACUCCUCUAAUUGAACUAUCGAGUUCCGACUCCGAUUCUGGCUCCGAGUCUGAGUCUGACUCCAGGUUGCAGUCCGACUCCUCUUCUUCCGACGAUGGCGGUUCCGUUAGUAAGCUGAAGAGUAAUGGGAAGAAGAAGCGUAAGAGGGCGGCGGAGGACUUGGAUUCGGUGUUGCCGGUGGGGUUUUUGGAUCCGCUUCCGGCUAAGGGGGCUCCGUUGCCGUUGCCUUGGAGGGGGGAUGAGCCGUCGAGUUUGGCGAUUCCAGCUGCGGAAGGGAGCCUGGAGCCGAGUAUGAAGCAGUUCUGGAAGGCGGGGGACUAUGAGGGAGCGCCUUCUGGGGAUUGGGAUUCUUCCAAUGGAGGAAUGGAUCGAGUUAGGGUACACCCUAAAUUCUUACAUUCCAAUGCUACCAGCCAUAAAUGGGUUCUUGGAGCUUUUGCUGAACUUUUGGAUAACUCACUGGAUGAAGUUCGCAGUGGAGCAACAUAUGUCAACAUUGAUAUGGCCCAAAACACAAAAAAUGGGAGCAAAAUGUUGCUAAUUGAAGAUGAUGGUGGUGGAAUGGACCCGGAUAAAAUACGACACUGCAUGUCUCUUGGUUAUUCUGCGAAGAGCAAAUUGGCAGAUACUAUUGGACAAUAUGGAAAUGGCUUCAAGACAAGCACCAUGAGACUUGGCGCCGAUGUUAUAGUAUUUUCUCGGAGUCUUGGGAAUGAUGGGAAAAGGUGCACACAAAGUAUUGGCUUGCUCUCCUAUACAUUUUUGAGGAACACAGGAAAAGAGGAUAUUGUGGUUCCCAUGCUUGAUUAUGAAAGAGCUGGAGAAGAUUGGAUUAGGAUUGGUAGGCCAUCAUCUACCGAAUGGAAUCAAAAUGUUGAGACAAUAGUGCAGUGGUCUCCAUUUUCAAGUGAAGCAGAUCUUCUCCAGCAGUUCAAUCAUAUGCAAGAUCAAGGUACACGGAUCUAUAUAUAUAAUCUCUGGGAGGAUGAUGAGGGUUUGCUGGAACUUGAUUUUGACAGUGACCCACAUGACAUCCAAAUCAGAGGGGUCAACAGGGAUGAGAAGAACAUAGAUAUGGCCCAAAAAUGCCCCAACUCAAAGCACUUCCUAACGUAUAGGCAUUCACUGAGGAGUUAUGCGGCUAUACUCUAUCUCAGGACUCCUCCUAACUUUCGAAUGAUCUUGCGUGGUAAAGAUAUUGAGCACCAUAAUAUUGUGAAUGAUAUGAUGAUGUCUCAGGAAGUUACUUAUCGGCCUCAGCCAGGCGUUGAUGGGAUUCCGAAGGACUCAAAUAUGGUUGCUGUUGUUACCAUUGGGUUUGUGAAGGAUGCAAGGUCUCACGUUGAUGUUCAGGGGUUCAAUGUGUAUCACAAGAAUAGACUUAUCAAGCCAUUUUGGAGAGUAUGGCAUCCUCCUGGUAGUGAUGGCCGUGGAGUUAUAGGUGUGCUUGAAGCCAAUUUUAUUGAACCAGCUCAUGAUAAGCAAGGUUUUGAGCGAACUACAAUCCUUGCUAGACUUGAGACACGAUUGAUUCAGAUGCAGAGGACCUAUUGGACUUCAAAUUGUCAUAAGAUAGGCUAUGCUCCACGAGGCUCUAAGAAAAACCAUCAAAGAGGGACGGGGCUUGAUACACCUACGCCUCAACCAAAGACAAAAAAGAGUGCUACAAGUGACAAGACACAUAAUUUGGUAGACAAGGGUGCUAGCAAUGGGCAUUCGAAUGGAAAGGGGGAUGCAAGAGUGCUUAGAAAGCGUCCGAGUUAUACUGCUCAACCCUCUUCACAUACAGUUGAUGCUAGUGAUGAUGAUGAUUUGCCAAAUCGUAGUUUUGGUAAGCAAGCCAAUCAAUCAUCCUCAAAGCACUCGGAUGGAAAGAAUAAAUCACAGGACAUAUCGAAUCAUGAAGCUGAACGAUAUGAGACACCUUCCCAAAGAACUACUAGAGUAACCAGAAGUUCAGCCUCACAGAACGUUGAAUUUUCACCAUCAAGUUCCAGUCCUCAUGUUUUAGCCCAGUUGAAAGAAGAGAAUCUUCAGUUAAAAGAAAGAUUGAAAAGAAAAGAAGUGGAGAUUCUCGGUGACAUGCUGCAAGAUUUAAAUCAAGAAAGGGAAAGAUGCAAGGCCCUUGAAGCUGAGGUAGAACAGUUGAAACGGGUGAAUGAGGAGCUAAAAUUAGAGCAGGAGAGCCUGAUCGACAUAUUUUCAGAAGAGAGGCAACGCCGGGACAUUGAGGAGGAAACUAUGAGAAAGAAAUUAAGGGAAGCAUCAAAUACAAUCGAGCAGUUGCUGAGCAAGAUCAAAGUACUGGACAAUAAGGCCAGCCGGUCUAAAUAGGGUUCACAAGGUACAAAUCGAAACAUCCACAUGUUUUGAAGCAAUGGCUUGUUUUACCUUUACACAUGAGCAAAGUUGCUAGGAAUGUGUCCCUAAUGUUAGUACCCCAUGGAUUUUUCGCAAUUUCUUUUAACUAACACGGUCUCAUGAAGUAAAUGUAGAUAGCAGUGAGGGAGAUUGUAUUCCAGUUCAACCAUUACUUACAAAUUGCUUAUUUGAAUCAA